AUGUCCAAGCUUCCCUCUGUUGAGGCCACCAUAGCCAUAUUUCUUUCCUUCAUGGCGUCCUUCAUGAACCAAUCUUGUUCUGCUCGAACCCUGACAAACAAUAUUCCAAACCAUAACCUCAACCUCAAUCUCAACCAUAGCCAUCUUCAUAAAACUCUGGACCUCUCAUCCAUGGGCUUCUUGUUUCCCACGAAAGCCAACCUCCAGGACCUCGAACUGCGGAAAAUAACGUUAACACAACAGGAAUUACUGCAACAAGCGGAUGGUUCCCUAGACAAGAUUGGGAAAGCAGGAGGAGUGUACGUGGGCAGCUCAGAGGAUCAUGGGAGUAGUUAUACGAUUGCUCUGACCGUGAGUUUUGAAGAGGACGAUGAUGGGUUGAGACUUUUUGGAGAGCAGAGGAAUGAUGUUCUUGGUGGUACUGGCAAGUACGAGGAUGCCAAUGGCUAUGCUUCCAUUAAGGUUGGAGAACGAGUAGGGUUUAGUGAAGACGAAGGAAAAGUCACCAGCACUAAGCUUCUUUCCUUCACAAUGUACCUUUAUUUAAAACUGAAAUUAGUUCAUUUAUAUGUCACCUCACAAUAA